AUGAAUAUAAGGUGUCAUAGGAUAAUGCUUGGGGGUUUUAGACGGUUUUACCAUGUUAAUAGUGCAGAAUAUGCUGUUGGAAACACCUUGAGGCCUUUGAUCUAUGGUCGGUGUUCCCCACAGUACAAGGUGUUGAAUUGUGCUCUUGAGAAGUAUGUUCCGUUCAAAGGCUUUAAGGAUAGUGCUAUUGUAGAUGCAGCUAACGAAUUGGGUUAUAACUCUGCGGUUUUGGCAGCUAUUGGUGCCAAUAAUUCGCCUGCUAUGUUCAACGUAUCCACAUCUGUUCAAGAACUUGUCAAGUUUCAUUUAGUAACAAAACGGUAUGGUUUGCAAGAAGACCAGGAAGGGACAAAGACUCUGGAGGAGCUUUUCUUGAAGAGGCUAGAAGCUAAUAAAUCCCUCGGUCCUCACUUGAAAGAAGUGCUUUCGAUCUUGGCUAUUCCUGGUGAUUUUCUGGUAAAUACAGGUCUUCCCGAAUUGUUCCAACUGGCCGAUGAUAUGAUCUAUUAUUCCACUGAAAAGGAUUUUAAUGACUUGGCAUGGUAUUCCAAGAGACUGGCUGUUUCAAUGGCCUAUAUUUCUACAGAAUUGUUCAUGGCUAAGGAUUCUAGUCCUAACUUCCAGGCUACAAUGGAAUUUGCUAAGGGCAGAAUAAACCAAAUCGAUGAAAUGGGUACAGCCUAUAACAACAUAGAAGAGUUUGCAUGGUUCCAACUGCUAACCACUGUUAACUUGGCAAGGUCGCAGCUUGUAAGAGGCUAG